AUGUGCGGCAUUUUCGCCUACGUUGGGGAUCGACAGGCUCUUCCUUGUCUUAUCAAGGCGCUUAAACGCUUGGAGUACAGAGGUUACGAUUCAGCAGGUGUGGGAAUCCAUAAUGGUAAGGAGUUGAAGAUCGCCAAGAAGGUCGGCAAGGUCGCUAACCUCGAGGCUUACUGUGGUGGUGUCAACAACCCGGAGUACGCCGGUACCAUGGGUAUUGCUCAUACUCGUUGGGCUACCCAUGGCGCUCCCACCGACGCCAACGCUCAUCCUCACUUCACCGAGGAUCACAAGGUUGCUGUGGUCCAUAAUGGUAUCAUCGAGAACUACGCCAGUCUUCGUGAGGAGCUUAUCAGUAAAGGGUAUCAUUUCACCUCAGAGACUGACACUGAGCUCCUCGCUCACUUGGUCGCUGAUAUUCGUAAGCAGAUGGGUCCCGAGCCCUCAUGGUCUGUGGUUGUUUCCUGCGCAUUGGCGAACGUCACUGGUACUUACGGUGUUGUCUUCACCUUCGAGGAUGAGCCUGAUCUAUUGAUCGGUGCUCGCAAGGGUUCUCCUCUUAUCUUGGGUGUUGGCGAUGGCGAGUACAUGCUUGCCUCCGAUGCCUCUGCGGUUGUCGAGUACACUAAGGAUGUUGUCUACAUUCGUGAUGGUGAGCUUGUUGAGGUCCGCAGAUCCGGAUACCGUGUGAGGAACAUGGCCGUGAUCAGCGAGCGUCGCAUGUCGGUUGAUGAGGAUAUCGACCACAACCCGUUGGUAGAAUUGGAGUUAUCUCUCGAGCAGAUCGAGAAAGGCGGUUAUCCUCACUUCAUGCUCAAGGAGAUCAUGGAUCAAGCUAAAUGCCUGGAGAACUCUUGUCGCGGUCGACUUUAUCGGUUGAGUGAGGCAACUGGUAUACCAGCGGAUUCCAUUUCUAAGAAGUGGGGCAUCCGUUUGGGUGGUCUAGAUGUUACUAUAGAUGGGAAGAAUCGUACGGCGUUGGAGACCAUCGCUAGUGCCAGUCGCAUCAUCAUAUGUGCUUGUGCUGGCUCGUAUNNNNUCGCCUCCACCAAGGCCUUCACUUCGCAAGUUAUGGUCUUGACCCUCUUGGCUCUGCGUUUAGCUAUGUGCCGGAAGACAAUUGAUGCUGAGUAUUUUGAUACUCUAUGCGAUCAGCUAUCUGAGUUCCCUAAGACCAUCGAGAAGGUUCUGAAGCUCAAUGGCAAGGUCAAGGACCUCUCUAGGUUCUUCCGUUUGGCUCAGAACUUCCUCUUCUUAGGCCGUGGUAUCCACUAUCCCGUCGCCUUGGAAGGUGCUCUAAAGUUGAAGGAGAUAUCUUACAUUCAUGCUGAGGGGUAUCCUGCUGCUGAGAUGAAACAUGGUCCCAUCGCUUUGAUUGAUCGUUUAAUGCCUGUUGUCUGCAUCGCUCCUAAGAGUGAUCCGACGUAUGAUAAGGUUAAGGCGAACAUCGAGGAAGUAAAAGCCCGUAAUGGUGAUCUCGUCAUUCUUACCGAGGAGGGAAACUAUGACUUGGAUAAGUUUGCUGGCGACAAGGACUUCAUCAUCCGCAUGCCGAUUGUUGAUAUUGUGUUGCAGCCUAUUGUUUUCACCAUACCGUUGCAAAUGCUUUCUUAUUAUGUUGCCGAUCUUCGUGGAUGUUCUAUUGACCAACCCAAGAAUCUUGCUAAGUCUGUUACUGUCGAAUAA